AUGGUGACGCGCUAUUCCUCCGCGUCAGCGGUUUCGGUCAAUAAGCACAGGGAUCCGAAUACGCUGAGCAACUAUCAGAACUUCUUGACCAAGCACACGACCGUCAACUUCGAGCUUGAUUUCGCCAAGCAGAAGCUUCGGGGAAAUGUCGUAUUGCUGUUAAAGAGCUUGACGGACAAGGAGGCAGAUGAAGUGAUCUUGGAUACGAGCUUUCUCGACAUCAAGGAAAUCAAGGUCGACGGCAAGUCCGCAAAAUGGGAUCUUGCUGCGCGGUCGGAGCCUUAUGGAAGCCCUCUGUCCAUCAAGCUUGGCGAGGGUGUUGAGAAGGAUAAGGAGAUCGCCAUCGACAUCUCCCUUAGCACGACCGAGCAGUGCACUGCCCUACAGUGGUUGACGCCUGAGCAGACGUCGAACAAGAAACAUCCUUACAUGUUCUCUCAAUGCCAGGCCAUCCAUGCUAGAUCCGUCCUUCCUUGCCAGGAUACUCCGGAUGUCAAGUCUACUGUGGAUUUCAACAUCCGCUCUCCGCUUCCUGUGCUGGCCAGCGGUCUCCCCACUGGUAUCAAAGACUUCCAGCCAAGCAAGGAUGGCGCCCCUGGCACGCUACUUUACACGUACAAACAGGAAAUCCCAAUUCCCGCCUAUCUCAUUGCACUCGCAUCUGGCGACAUUGCCAGUGCCUCAAUCGGCCCGCGAAGCACCGUUUGGACCAGUUCGGACGCGUUGACUGCAUGCCAGUGGGAGCUGGAGGGCGACAUGGAGAAGUUCCUCGAAGCUGCGGAGAAGAUUGUCUACGACUAUGCCUGGACCACGUACAACGUGCUUGUCCUCCCCAACAGCUUCCCUUACGGAGGAAUGGAGAACCCCAUCUAUACCUUUGCGACACCGACCAUCAUUAGCGGGGACAAGCAGAACAUCGAUGUCAUCGCCCACGAACUUGCCCACAGCUGGAGCGGAAACCUUGUCAGCAAUGCUAGCUGGGAGCACUUCUGGCUUAACGAGGGUUGGACCGUCUAUCUUGAGCGCAGGAUCAUCGCCGCCAUUCACGGAGAGCAAUACAGGGACUUCUCUGCCAUCAUUGGCUGGAAGGCUCUGCAAGACUCCGUAGAGAGAUACGGCCAGGAUCACGAAUACACCAAGCUGAUCACAGACCUGAAGGGCAAAGACCCUGAUGACGCAUUCUCGUCGAUUCCAUACGAGAAGGGCUCCACCUUCCUCUACUACCUCGAGAAGUUGCUCGGCAAGGAGAAGUGGGACAAGUUCAUCCCCCACUACUUCAAAAAAUACAAGUACAAGUCGCUUGACUCGUACGACUUCAAGGCCACCCUCAUCGACUUCUUCGCCUCCGACAAGGACGCCAGCGCCAAGCUCGAGUCCCUCGACUGGGAUACUUGGUUCUACGCCCCCGGCUACCCGCCCAAGCCUGACUUCGAUGACUCUCUCGUCAAGGUCUGCUACGAGCUCGCCGAGCGCUGGGAGGGAGCCAACAACUCGGAUGAUAUCUCUGGCUUCAAACCUACAUCCGACGACAUCGCAGGCUGGACCGGCAACCAGGCCGUUGUGUUCCUUGAGAAGAUUCAGUCCUGGGACAAGCCACUCAAGUCUGACUUGGUUGAGCUGAUGUGGCAGAACUACCGGUUUAAGGAGAGCGCGAACGUGGAGAUCGUGUCGAGGUUCCUCGUCCUCGGCCUGAAGAGCAAGACAAUCAGCACGUAUCAGCCGACGGCAGAGCUGCUGGGACGGGUGGGCAGAAUGAAGUUCGUUCGGCCUCUGUUCAGGGCCCUCAAGGACGCGGACUUCCAGAUGGCGAAAGACACGUUUGAGCGCAACAAGGACUUUUACCAUCCCAUCUGUAGGGCCAUGGUGGAGAAGGACCUCUUUGGAGAGCAGUGA